ACGGUCUCUGUCAAGUCAUACACAUUGGGCUUGAUAGGGCGAGCAGAGAGGUGGAGAAGAAGGGGGACCCAAGCGCCGCUACGAAAUGGCCGGGCAGCAGUUCCAAUAUGAUGACAGCGGCAACACAUUUUUCUAUUUUUUAACGUCCUUCGUAGGACUUAUUGUGAUCCCAGCCACAUAUUACCUCUGGCCCCGAGACCAGAAUGCUGAGCAACUACGUCUGAAGAGUUUGAGGAGAGUCCAUGGCAGGUGCCUUUGGUACCGGCUGAGGCUAAUGAAGUCACAGCAAAGCAUUGUCCCCACACUGAAAAAAGGGGCCUUGUUAUUUGGGUGGGCUGUGUUCCUGCUACUAGCCUACAAGGUGUCCAAGCUGGACAGAGAGUACCAGGAGUACAAUCCCUAUGAGGUCCUCGGCCUAGACCCGGGGGCAUCUGUGUCAGAGAUCAAAAAGCAAUACAGAGUGCUGUCACUGAUACAUCACCCUGACAGAGGUGGAGAUGAGGCCACCUUUAUGAGGAUUGCCAAAGCAUAUGCUGCCCUAACCAAUGAGCAGUCAAGACAGAAUUGGCAGUUGUAUGGCAACCCGGAUGGUCCUGGAGCAACCAGUUUUGGUAUUGCCCUGCCUGCCUGGAUCGUGGACCAGAAGAAUUCUAUGCUGGUGCUCUUGGUCUAUGGACUAGCCUUCAUGGUCAUUCUUCCUGUUGUUGUGGGCACAUGGUGGUACCGCUCAAUCCGCUACAGCGGAGACCAGAUCCUCAUCAACACCACCCAGUUGUUCAUGCACUUCAUGUACAAGACGCCCAACAUGAACAUGAAGCGAUUAGCCAUGGUGCUUACAGCAGCAUUUGAGUUUGACCCUCGUAACAACAAAGAGGCCACGAUACGUCCUACAGAUAACAUUGAAGUGCCACAGUUGAUCCGUGAGCUGGGAAACAUCAAUGUGAAGAAGAAGGAGCCUCCAUUCUGCUACCCCUACAGUUUGAAGGCUAGGGUCUUGGUGCUCGCUCACCUGUCACGCAUGGAGGUUUCUGAGGACCUAGAGGAUGACCAAAGGUUUGUCGUCAGGAAAAGCCCAUCUCUGCUCCAGGAGAUGGUCAACGUAGGCUGUCAGCUCACUAUGAUGGCCAACAGUAGAGGAGGUUUCCACGCUCCUCGGCUGGUGUCCAUAGAGAACUGCAUGAAGUUGACCCAGAUGAUAGUUCAGGGCCUCCAGGAGUCCAAAUCACCACUGCUUCAGCUGCCCCACUUUGAGGAGGAGCACCUCCGUUACUGCAUCUCCAAGAAGUAUAAGGUGCGGAGCUUGCAGGACCUGGUGAGUCUUAAGGACUCAGACAGACGCAGCAUGCUGCGCUUCUUAGGGGAGGAGAAGUAUGAUGAAGUCAUGGCUGUGCUGGGCAGUUUCCCUCACAUCACCAUGGAAACCAAGCUACAGGUGCUUGAUGAUGAAGACAGCAAUAAUAUCACGGCAGGCUCAAUCGUCACAGUGACUGUCACCUUAACCAGAAAAAGGAUGGCGGACGUAUUUGAGAAAGAGCAGGAGUCCACGCCUUGUCCAGGAGAUGAGGCUGCCAACGCAGAAGAGGGGCAAGGAGACUCGAGUAAAACCAAAACCAAAGUGUGGCAGAACAAGAGUAAAGGAGCCAAGAAGAUGGGCAAGUCAAAGAAGAAGAAGCUAACCAAGAAGAAAGCAACUCCUGCAGCCGCCUCUAAAGCCAAGCAGGCCAAUGGCAACGUGGCUGGAAAUGAGGUGGUAGCAGCCACAGCGAAAGAGGAAGAGGAGGAGGGUUCAGAUAAGGGCAGCGAGUCAGAUGAGGGUGAGGGUAACAAGGACUCGCCCAGCGAGAGGGACGAGGAGAGUGACAAGCAGAGUGACACUGAGGUGGACGAGAUUGCUGGCGAUGAUGAGGAGGAGUGGGAGGCGCUGCAGCAGAGCAUCCAGCGGCGAGAGCGGGCCCUGCUUGAGACCAAGUCCAAGGUCACCCACCCAGUCUACAGCCUCUACUUCCCCGAGGAGAAACAGGAGUGGUGGUGGCUCUACAUUGCUGACCGCCGAGAGCAAACCCUCGUCUCCAUGCCCUACCAUGUCUGUACUCUCAAAGACACAGAGGAGGUGGAGCUGAAGUUCCCAGCCCCCUCCAAAACAGGCAACUACCAAUAUUCUGUCAUCCUCCGUUCAGACUCAUACCUUGGACUGGACCAGAUCAAGCCUCUCAAGCUGGAAGUCCACGAGGCCAAAGCCAUGCUGGACAACCACCCCCAGUGGGACAUCCCAGAGACAGAGGAGGAGGAUGAGGAGCAGGAGGACAGUGACGGCAUUGAGGACAGCGAGGAUGACGACGAGGACAACGACUGAAUGCACACACACACUCAACCCCGUGGACUCACCCCCCACCACUCCGUAUUCCCCUCACAGUACUCUGGAACUGAGGAACAGCAAAGUCAUGUCCGACACGUGUGCAAACGAACACGCGUACAUAUAAAUACACCACACACAGACACACAGACAAUUUAUACACACAGUGGCCCCUCGCCCCACAUUUGUUAAAUUGAUAUGGACUGUGUGUGAUACCUGCCCACUCACCCAUUAUCUCUUUUCUACAAAGACCUCUUAAAGACUUGCUCAGUCACUUUCCGUUGUUGGCGGAAGAAAAAUCUGUGAAUACAUACCAAGGCCCAAAUGUGUGUGUGUGUGUGUGUGUGUGUGUGUGUGUGUGUGUGUGUGUGUGUGUGUGUGUGUGUGUGUUGACAUGCGUGUGCUUGUACAUUCAUGUAUGUGUGUGUGUGUAUGUGUGUGUGUGUGCACGUGCGUGUAUACAGGUAUGAAAGAUUGACACACUGUGGACUGGAGGACCUAUUAAUCUGGGCUCUUUUUUCUCUGGGGGGGUGCAUUGCAACAAUUCAGUUAAAAAAAAUAAACACAUGGCCUCUUUAUUAAUAAUGUUACAUUUUUCUUGUUUAUAAUUUCAAAAUUACUCUGCACCAAUGUUUUCCACACCAAUGAUAUUUUCUAAUGUACACUUGACUGCAUCAUGUCAACAAUUGGGAGGUUUCCUCUUUCCAACUCAAGGGGGAACAGUGGAGUCUAAUCAAAUCGCAGCAUCCUUGGCCGGGCCGCUGACUUUAUAUACUGUACACGGGAGGGGACAUGGUAUUUCUACUGAUAGAUACUGAUCUCCUGUCAGUUACUCAUUAUUCAUACCUGUUUUGAUCCACAUUAGGGGACUUUUUUUUUUCUUCUCAGAGAUGUAUUUAGUUGAGAUCUGGUGAAUUCAAGUACAGUAUGUGCAGUGAAAAUGACAAAACUAGCAGUGUUUCAGUUUGAUUGUAUAAUUAGUACUCAUAGUCCAGUCACUAUAUAAGGGAUGUGAGUAUUUGAUUCUGAAGGGCUUCAGAUAGUGAUGUGUAUAGAAGUUUUUCAAAGAAGCCUCUCUCUUUUUUUUUUUCUUUCAUAUUUUCAGUUGUAGCACAUUCCAGUGUUUACUCAUUGUCCAGAAAAGCCUUAUAAAUACAACAGAAUUCCACAACCUACACUUCUAUGGAGGAAGUCAUUGGGCGCUAUGCACCAAUGAUUUUUGAGAGGAUGAUUAAAUGUGUAAUUUUUUCUCUUUUUGUGAAACGCAGCAGUAUGUUUGGCCUUCUUUUCAGCCAGUUAUACAGUUAAAAUGGUCACUUCCUAGUAAAUAACUCUUCCUUGAUCUUAGCAUACAUAUUGUUUGUUCAGCUGUGUAAAAAAAAAAAAGGUGCAUAAAGAGUGUGCUUCUGUUCCUCUACUGAAAGGGUUCGCACUCGCGGGACACAUGCAUGUUGGCAUCGGCUUUAGGACCUGGGGGUGGGCUGCACCAGAGCCCCCCCCCCCCCCCGAGUGUCUGCAGGUUGUUGAAAGCUGCUUGUAGGGACAAAGCAUAUUCUUUCCAGCACUUUGGACCAGUGUCUCGUCUUCGUGGUCACUGAAAGCCGAACAAACUUUGUCCAUGAAACACGACUACCAUGUUUUCUCACUGAAUCUCCUUGGGGGUCGUUUUAAACCCAAUCUUGCUCUGUGUUGAGAACAGAAGAGUAUGAGCUGACUACCGUCAAACUGGAUACCAAAUGUAACUUGUAAACUUUUUAUGCCACCUUGUUCCGUUUUAGCUUCAUUUUUCACAACAGUUGGACUUUUGUCGGUUAAAAAAAAAAACCCAUGUCGGAGCCUCUGUUUUUUAGGAGCUCCGUGUGGACUCUCACUGUAGUUAGAAAACUUUAUAUACGGUUCUGUUUUGAAAGAAAUGGCUAAUCUUUCACAGUGAAUAUCCACACUUAAGUCAAUUGUUUAAUUUUAAUUUUUUUCUUUUCAUUGCUGUACGCCUGUAUGUUGAUGUGUGUUGUUAGCGUGGGAGAGAAUUAGUUGGUAUAUCUGAUCUGGGUGUGAACCUCCAGCUACACACAGCCUAGACACAUGCACACACACUUAACCCUCCUGUAACCGUGUCCAAAGCAGGCGUAUCCUAAAAGGUCAUUCUCAUUAUACUCGUGAGUAUUUAUCUCUCUGCAAUAGAAUGUAGCAUCAGUGGUUUAUACGCUGUGUGGAAAUUACAUGCAGUGAGGUUAAAUACAACGCCAUCUCUCCCCUGACGGACCCGGUCCAUAUACUGUACUGACCGCCAGGACGCCUCGGUUUGGACAAGACUACCCAAUGAUCUAUCUGCCACUUUUGUUUACAAAAGAACUGUCAUUGUAAAUGGGGAAAAAAAGUAUAUUAUUUGUAUUUAAAAUCAUUUCAAAUAAAAUAAC